GGAAAGAAAAGCAAGUUCUAGAGAGAGACAAUCAGAGAGGAGCAGAUCAGAGAGGAGCAACUGUCAUACUUGCCAGAAGUCUGUAGGCUAUGCUGCCUGCCACAGUUUUUUGCAUUCCUAUUACUCUCUGAAAACGGGGCAGGCUCAUUUUGUCCUGAAAGCAGCUGUGUAAACCAUGUGGCUCUACCUGGUUGCACUGGUGGGCCUGUGGACGCUCCUGCGCUUCUUUAGGGAGAGGCAGGUGGUGAGCCAUCUCCAAGACAAGUAUGUCUUCAUCACGGGCUGUGACUCUGGCUUUGGGAACCUGCUGGCCAGACAGCUGGACAGGAGAGGCAUGAGGGUAUUGGCUGCAUGUCUGACGGAGAAGGGAGCCGAGGAGCUGAGGAACAAGACAUCUGACAGGCUGGAGACAGUGAUCCUGGAUGUCACCAAGACAGAGAGUAUUGUGGCAGCCACUCAGUGGGUGAAGGAGCGUGUUGGGAACAGAGGACUCUGGGGCCUGGUCAACAACGCUGGCAUCUCCACCCCCUCGGGUCCCAACGAGUGGAUGAAAAAACAGGACUUUGCAAGAGUACUGGAUGUGAACCUGUUGGGCAUGAUCGAGGUGACUCUGAGCAUGCUGCCCUUAGUGAGGAAGGCGAGGGGUCGUGUGGUCAACGUCUCCAGCGUCAUGGGCCGAAUGUCUUUCUUUGGUGGUGGUUACUGCAUCUCCAAGUAUGGUGUAGAGGCCUUCUCAGACUCCCUCAGGAGGGAGCUCUCCUAUUUUGGGGUGAAGGUGGCUAUUAUAGAGCCUGGAGGCUUCAAGACUUGUGUGACAAGUAGUGACAGGCUAUCAUCAAACACCAAGAUGAUCUGGGACAAGGCCAGCUCGGAAGUCAAAGAGAUCUAUGGCGAGAAGUUUUUAUUAUUCUAUCUGAAAAACCUAAACGAAUUGGACAAGAGGUGCAACAAGGACCUGUCUGUGGUGACUGACUGCAUGGAGCACGCUCUGACUGCCUGCCACCCUCGCACUCGAUACUCAGCAGGCUGGGAUGCCAAGUUCCUCUUCCUCCCCUUGAGCUACCUGCCCACCUUUCUUGUGGAUGCCCUUCUCUACUGGACUUCCAUGAAGCCUGAGAAAGCCCUCUGAAGUGUUCACCUAUGUGCAUACCUGGGGAGAUGUAGGUAGAGUGUGAGAGAGAGAAUAUUUAGGGGAAAUUAGGAGGGUUGAGGGAGGGAGUUUAUUAGUCUGGGGUUCUUAGUCAACACACUUCAUCUCAUUAAUUCUCCUAUGACACUACACAAGACUGAUGAUGACCAAAUAAAUAGGCAAAGAAUUCUGCCAAGGGAUUCAGAUACAAAAGUGCUGGCUGAUGUCCAGACUAUGAGCAUCAUGGCUACCAUGAAGGUCGACACAGAUGAGGAGGCUGGGACCAGCUUGUGCCAAGCAUUCUUCUGUGUCCUCCUCUGCAGGAAAUGCACAUGCCCUGGCUAGUUUAAACCCCUAUGCAGCAUGGAAGUGUCCCUGCUCUGAAGUCACCUGAGACCAUGGUGUAGGGUCUGAGAGAGUCACUAAUAAAGCCAGCACCCAUGCCCUGGAGUCAAGUUGGCAGGCCCUGGGUGGGAGGUUCAGUUCCCGGUGAUGAAACCUAGCAGAGGAUGGAGACACCAUUUUUUUUUAAAAAUCAUGGCUUCUUUUGGACUCUUUAUUUUUAGAACAAAGUAUGAGGUCAUCUCCUGUACCCUGUGAUUUAAAUUAUGGCUUUUCUGGUUAGUGAGGUUUGGAUCACAGGGGUCAGGGUUGGCACAGGCCAGCAGGCUUUCUGAGUUGCAGACUCACUAAGUGACCAUGCUUUCCUGCAGACCCACUAGGGGACCAUCCCUUGCUGCAGACUCACUAAUUGACCGUAUCUUACCUGCAUAUUCACUAAUUGACCGUAUCUUACCUGCAGAAUCAGGAAGUUGCCAUCCCUUCCUGCAGACUCAAUACAUGAUAAUCAAUUCCCUGCAGACUCACUAAGUGACCAUCCCUUUCCUGCAGACCCAUUAAGUGAUCAUUCCUUCCCUGCAGACCCAUUAAGUCACCAUUCCUUCAUAUAAGUAUCACUAACUGACCAUUAUAAUAAAACCCUUCUGAUUUUCUGUCUGAACUUGUCCCAGGCCACUUCUCAUGUCCCCUCCCUCUGUCCCACUGCCACACUCCUCCAGCAGCAUGCAGAGAUUGCCUUUCUUAUCUCUUGUCUUUCAUUUUAUGGACAAUAUUUACAAAAGAUCAAGGGUCUUUAACUCCCAUAGCCUCUGAGGCCUGGCUCUGCCUGGUGCUAGGUUGGUGAAUCUCAAGAAUAGGCUGAGCAGGGACAGCAUGUGUGGGAGAGACAGAAUCCUGGGCUCAGUGCAGACUUGCCCUUGGGAGGGAAUUCCAUAGAUGCCUGACUCCUCUUCUCUCAGUAGAAAUGUGGGGGCUGAGGUGCCAUAAGAGGAACUUGUAAAUAAACGAUAAUUUCUGAAUUAAUGAAAAUAGAAAUUCCAACCCUAUCAUGUGCCUGGCCAUCCAUUUAAUUUAUGUUAUUUUGAAAGCUUUGUUUUAGGACCUUUGAGCAUAUGUUUGUAUAUCUGUAUGUUUCAUGUGUGGGAGUGCCCUAAGAUGUGAGAAGGAAGAUGAGGGCCACUGGUUUCAAGAAGUUUUCAGCCAUAUAAUGUGGGUGUCAGGAAUUGAAUUUGGGUUUGCCAUAAGAGCAGGAAGCACUUUUUUUCUGAUUUUUUAUUAAAUAUUUUCUUUAUUUACAUUACAAAUGUUAUCCCCUUUCCUAGUUUCCCCUCCGAAAAACCCCAUCCCCCCCCCCCACUCCCCUGCUCACCAACCCACACACUCCUGCUUCCUGGCUCUGGCAUUCCUUUACACUGGGGCAUACAGCCUUCAUAGGACUAAGGGCCUCUCCUCCCAUUGAUGACCAACAAGGCCAUCCUCUGCUACAUGUGCGGCUGGAGCCAUGGGUCCCUCCAUGUGUACUCUUUGGUUGGUGGUUUAGUCCGUGGGAACUCUGGGGGUGCUAGUUGGUUCAUAUUGUUGUUCCUCCUAUGGGGCUGCAAACCCCUUCAGCUCCUUGGGUCCCUUCUCUAGUUCCUUCAUUGGGGACAUGGUGCUCAGUCCACUGGAUGCCUGAGAGCACCCAUCUCUGUAUUUGUCAGGUACUGGUAGAACCCUUCAGGAGACAGCUUUAUCAAGUUCCUGUCAGCUCUUGUUGGCAUCUACAGUAGUGUCUGGGUUUGAUGACUGUAUAUGGGAUGGAUACCCAGGUGGGGCAGUCUCUGGAUGGCCUUUCCUUCAGUCUCUGCUCCAUACUUCGUAACUCCUUUCAUGGGUAUUUUGUUCUCCCUUCUAAGAAGGACCCAAGUAUCUACACUUUGGUCUUCCUUUUCCUUUCUUUCCUUUUUUUGUUUUGCUUCUGGUUUGGUUUGGUUUUUUGAGACAGAGUUUCUCUGUGUAGCCCGGGCUGUCCUGGAACUCACUCUGUAGACCAGGCUGGCCUUGAACUCAGAAAUCCACCUGCCUGUGCCUCCAGAGUGCUGGGAUUAAAGGCGUGCGCCAUCACGCCCAUCUGGUCUUCCUUUUUCUUGAGCUUCAGGUGGUCUGUGAAUUGUAUCUUGGGUAUUCGAAGCUUCUGGGUUAAUACCCACUUUUCACUGAGUGCAUACCAUGUGUGUGUGUUCUUUUAUGAUUGGGUUACCUCACUCAGGAUGAUAUUUUCUAGUUCCAUCCAAUUGCCUAAGAAUUUCAUAAAUUCAUUGUUUUUAACAGCUGAGUAGUACUCCAUUGUGUAAAUGUACCACAUUUUCUGUAUCCAUUCCUCUGUUGUGGGACAUCUGGGUUCUUUCCAGCUUCUGGCUAUUAAAAAUAAGGCUGCUAUGAA